AUGGGGAGUGAGAAGGACCCUGGACUGUCGACCCAAAUCGGUGUUGAUGACGCCACAAGGGAACAACCCAGGACCUGUGACCCUUCCCGACACCCCCUCAGAGGACCCCGGCUCCCGGGUGACCCCGCCACCCUCACCCAUCCUCUGGGUCCCAUGGGCCCCUCCGAAGCUCCGCCCCCCUUCCUUGUCACCCGUCGCAACAGUGAUAGCGUUGGCGUUUUGGUGGCGUUUCCCUCCGGGGCGGGGUUUCCUCACCCAAGUCCCCCCAAAACGGUCCCCGCGCCCGCCCGCUCCCCAUUUGCUCCCGGAUCCCGCGGGGAUGCGGCCCCAGAGAGAUGGGGGCAAUGGGGUCGCAGCUGGGGGGGUAAGGGGAGGAAAAGGGGGGGUCAUUGGGGCAGGGGUAACUGGGACCAAGCCCCCCUCCACCUUGACUGCUGCCCCCCCAAGGCUGCUGCCAUCCCUGGCCCUGCCUGGCCCCAUCCCGCAGUGCCGUGGGGAGAACUUGGGGCCACCCUGCUGGGAAGGGAGAUCCAAGACUCGUAUCCUGAACCCCAGGACCUGGCAGCCGCCCGCGCUGCACUGGGGGGCCGAGACCCCCGGGAGCUGCUGUGGCAGGACGAGGAGGGGGACACGCUGCUGCACGUGCUCUGUGCCGGGGGGCAGUGGGCGCUCGCCCGGGCUGCGGCCGAGGCUCUGCGGGACCUGGGGGGACUUGAGGUGCGGGAGCACCUGGGCAAGACUCCUCUGCUGGUGGCAGCGGCUGCUGCAGCCCCGGAGAUUGUGCGGGACCUGCUUGUCCUGGGGGCCAAUCCUGAUGCCGCAGACCACGGGGGCCGCACGGCCCUGCACCUGGCCGCAGCCUACGGGCACCCUGAAAUCCUCCAGGCCAUGAUGUCCUCGGGGGUUCCUGUCAACGUGGAGGCCAGAAAUUUUGAGGGCCAGACCCCUCUGCACUGCGCCGUCCUGGCCCACAAUGCCUCGCUGCAGGGAGCGCACAGCUCCACGGAGGGCUCUGGAAGGGGGUCCCCCACUCCCCAGGACCGAUUCCGCUGUGUUGAGCUGCUACUGCAGAUGGGGGCAGACAGCAGCAGCCAGGACACCAAAAGCAGCCUGACAGCACUGCACCUGGCUGUGCGGGGAGGGAACCUUGCCCUGGCCCACCUACUGCUGCGCCAGCCUGGCAUGGCCCCCCGCCUUGUCAACAUGAAGGCCCACGGGAACACCCCCCUGCACAUGGCAGCAGCACUGCCUGGGACCCCCAGCCAGGAGCCCCUCGUGAGGCUGCUCCUGGCCUGGGGUGCCGACCCCAGCGCCCGCAACCUGGAGCACGACCUGCCCCAGAGCCUGCUGCCCCCUGGGGCCCCCGGAGACCAGCUCCGCCUCCUCCUGAGGAGCCGCCGGGGGUCCCAUCGCCCCCCCCACACCGCCGAGUGAUGUCAGAGGGGCGGGGUCUCCCCGGUAUCAGAUGGGGGACACCCCCAUAUUGGGGGAUUUCCCCAUGUUAACUUUUCCUGAUUUCAAUGAAAUUGCCCCCAAAUUUCUGUGAAAUGAGUCUGAACCACAUUGGUUUGGUGGGUGGAGGAGCAUGGAGGGGGUCCAGCUCCCCCUUGCCCUCCCCCACAGCCUCAUUAAUGGGGGCUGCUAAUGAGGGGCGUCUCCUCUAAAUUAGGGGAUUUGGGUGGAGUAUGCCAAAUUGGAGGGGACACCCAAAAACUGACAGAAUUCUGAAAUUAA